UUUUUGGUAUAUAAGCAGCAAAACAGAUACUUAUUCAUCAAGCGUGAAUAGUGUUAAUCAACAAAAUGCCUAAAACCAUUCUAUUCUUUUUUGCACUUGUUUGCAUUUCUGGUGUCUUUACCAGACCUAACUUGAAUGCAGACAAUCCUGAACCCUUGAGAGCUAAUGAUUUUGCUACAAAAGAUGAUAAUUCGAGCGCCUCUCCUGAUUACACAAAUCCAGGCGCAAACAAUGGUCAUGAUCCUGGCCACCACGGUUUUAAAAUACAAUUGAACGAUCCCGAACAUAUUUCGAGAGCGGCAGUCGAAGAUAAAGACGAUGAAUCCAAGAUUUCUCCUGAUUAUACACCGCCAGGCGCAAACAAUGCUCAUACUCCCCCACAUCGAAGGAAUACAAAAGCUGAUGAUUACGAUGAUAAUGGGGAUGACUUCGGUGGCGAUUACUCAGACUACGGCGCAAACGGAGCGAGCCUUCCCGGAGUUAUUUCGAAAGCGGAAGUCGAAGGUGCUGGUGAUGUUGCUAACCGUGACUAUAUAUACACACAAUGAGAUGAAAA